AUAAUUUGUAUCAUUUUGUCAUUCGGAUUUCCCCGCGGUCGAACAGUCACCACCGAAUAUUGCAGGCGCAUUGCAUUCCACUGAACACCUUUGACAGAGGUAGUCCCCCACCAUACAAAACUGACUUUCGGUCAACUUAAUAUAUAAUUCCACGACUCCACCCUCUCUUCUUCCACUUCCUCCCCCACCAAUCCCUGGAGAUCUCCCAUGCCAUAUCGGUAGUAACCGUGGAAGCUCUAGAGAUAGUGAGAGGAUCUCUAGGAGCCAGAUCUUCUUCAACUUUAUAUUAUAACAUCGGCAUCAACAACAACAAACGUCAUCUGAUUAUACGAGUACUGAUACCAACCAUGGCUGUUAUCAAAGAGAAAGCAGAGUUCUGCACUCUGCUCGUCGACGAGCUCUACGGCCAACUCCCCGCUAGAGUCUAUGCAACUCUUUUUCAGCGAGGAAAGCUCUCGAUCCGCCUCAUCAGCCAGUUCUCCAAACUCAACGCCCGCCAAGUCAAGAAUGGCCUCUGCGUCCUUCAACAACACAACCUCCUCUUCUACACAGUCGACGCCAACUCGGGCGAGGCCGAAUACUCAGUAAACCACGACUACGCCUACAACCUCGUGCGCACCGGCAAGAUCCUCGAAAUGGUAGAUAACAGCUACGGCCCCGCCGGCCGCGACGUCAUGCAGAAUCUCCUGCUCCUCGGACAGACCCGAAUCUCCGACUUGGUGGCCGCCUACCAGGCCAAGAUCAACCUGGCCAACAGCGACGACGCAUGGCUGAACGACAAGAAGCCCGAGCUCGUGAUUAAGAGCAAAGCACAACUUAACUCGGUGCUUUGCCGACUCAUCGAGGCCGAGUUGAUCGAUGUCGUCCAUAGCAAGACCUUCCAGAGCGCCCACGAGAUUGAGAAGCAAGUGCACAAAGAGGUCAUGGACUUUUACUUUCCCAACGGCAUCAAGGGUACAAAGGCCAAGGUUGAAUUUGAACAGAAGGUGGCGGAGGGCCUUCGCAAGGUGCGCGAGGAGUCCAAGACACUCAAGCGUAAGCUGGCUCAGAAUGGAGGAGCAAGCAAGCGGAGGAAGCUGGCGGUUGGAAACGAGACGAAUGGGGUUCCGGAAGAGGAGGAGGAUUUGGACCCGGCGUUGGACCCCCGACAAGUUAUCCGCAUCAACUACGAAAAGUGCAUUGUCGAACUACGCAGCCGCCGCCUUGUUCAAUACGUCAACGAGACCCUCGGAGAGACGACAGGAUACGUUUAUGGUCAACUGCUUAAGCAACUGACGAAGAACACUCCGCGCUGUAGGCCAGACCCUCUCAUGGACACCUUGACGCCGGAAGGCGAGAAGGAGACGCCCUCGGUCACAACAAACGAGAUUCUUGAUAAGGUCAAGACCUCGAUCGACCUAACACUCGGAAUCGGCAAGAUUCCAAGCAAGGCGAUUUCGAAAUCAGCUGCAGAGAGACUCACGCCGUUUGCUCCCAAGGACAAGAUUCCUUUCAUGAACCAAGACGACAGCGACGAUGACGAAGAGGAUGGUGAUUACAGCGACAGUGACGAAGAGAUGGACACUAAGAAGGAAAAUGGGGACGCGUCAGUCGCUAGGAUGAGCCGACCUGAGCAGCUGCGGCAACACCUCUUGCUACUGGCCGAGGGUCAUCCAGGCUUCGUUCGUCACUGCGGAGAGGAUGAGUGGACGAUCGACUUCAAGCCUCUAAUGGAGAACCUCCGGGCGACAGAACUCGACUCCAUCAUCGAGCAGACGAGCGGUCGCCAGGGCCUCAGGUUAACACGCAUCCUCCGCACCAAGGGCAAGCUAGGCGAGCAAGCCCUUCAGUCUCUCAGCCUGAUGCGUAAGGUCGACCUCCAGCAAAAGAUGCUAGAGAUGCGUCUCGCCGGCUUCGCCCAUACGCAGGAAGUGCCCCGCGACAACAAGGCCGAUCCCAAGAAGUCCAUUUUCCUGUGGUACUGCGACACGGAACAAGCCUACAGCGGCCUGAUCGCCAAGUGCUACGCAACUAUGGUGCACUGCUUGCAGGUGCUGGAGGUGCGCCGGCAAAAGGAGAAGGACGUGUUGUCGCUGGCGAAGCGGACAAACGUCAAGGGCAAGGAGAAGGAUAUGAUGCGUGACGAGUCGUACGCGAGGUUUGCCAAGUUCUUGAAGGACGAGAAACUGCUGAUGGCGGAGAUCAUGCGGAUCGAUGAUACCUUGGCUCUGUUACAAGACUUCUAGAAAAAGCCCGAGCACUGCCCGAAGACGAGAACUACUUAUGCACAAGAGAAUGAUGUGGGUGCCGGGUAUACCAAAGCUUACAGCCAAGAUCAUGGUGAGGUGAUGAUGUUUCGGCGGCGAGGAAAUGCGCCCUGUGCGAUACCAAUAUGGGGAGAUCAUUUGCGGGCUGAUUUCCCGUCUCCGUGACGGGCUAGGUUUAUGGGAUGCAUUCAUAGAUGUAUUAAACAUCAGUUUGUUGUGUUUUGGGCAUUAUUAAAAUAGAGACAAAAACAUUGUCAUAACAUUUCUCAACGAUCAGUGACAUGUGC